UCUGCAGAGAAAUGUGAUGAGGCUCUGGCGUCUCCUCUUCCUCACACAGCUUUCACCAGCUCCUCCGUCUUCGCCAAUGGAUAUGCACCAGGAUAUGCCAAGCUUAACAGAAGAGGAGGUGCGGGUGGUUGGUCUCCACUGGACAGUGACCAUUACCAGUGGCUACAAGUGGACCUGGGCUCCAGGAAGCAGGUUAGCGCCAUUGCAACCCAGGGCCGCUACAGUAGCUCUGACUGGACAACCCGGUACCGUCUCCUCUACAGUGACACUGGAAGGAACUGGAAACCCUACCACCAAGACGGCAACAUCUGGGCCUUCUCGGGAAACUCGAACUCGGAGAGUGCGGUUCGGCACGAGCUGCAGCAGGGAAUUGUCGCCCGCUUCCUCAGGAUGGUCCCGCUGGACUGGAGCGAGGAGGGCCGCAUUGGCCUGCGCAUCGAAAUCUAUGGCUGCUCGUACUGGGCGGACGUGAUCAACUUUGAUGGACAGGGUGUAAUCUCAUAUCGUUUUAAGGUAAAGAAGAUGAAGAUCAUCAAGGAUGUGAUAGCACUCAAGUUCAAGACGUCAGAGAGCGAGGGAGUGAUUCUUCACGGGGAGGGCCAGCAGGGAGACUACAUCACCCUGGAGCUCCGCAAGGCCAAGUUACUGCUGCAGAUCAACCUGGGCAGUAACCAGUAUGGCUCCAUACUGGGUCACACAUCUGUGACAACUGGGAGUCUAUUGGAUGACCACCACUGGCACUCGGUGGUGAUAGAGCGUUACCGUCGUAACGUCAACUUCACCUUGGACAGGCACACCCAGCACUUCAGAACCAACGGGGAGUUUGAUCACCUCGAUCUUGACUAUGAGUUGAGUUUCGGGGGGAUGCCGUACAGCGGGAAGCCACUGGGUGGUGGGAGGAAGAACUUUAAAGGUUGCAUGGAGAGCAUCAAUUACAACGGAGACAACAUCACUGACCUGGCUCGGCGCAAAAAGCUGGACACCUCCAGCUUUCGCAACCUGUCCUUCACCUGCAUGGAUACCCACACCUUCCCGGUGUUCUUCAAUGCCACCAGCUUCCUGCAGCUGCCGGGUCGAGCCAGUCACAACGUCGUGUCUGUGGGCUUUCAGUUUCGUACCUGGAACCUAAACGGGCUCCUCCUCUUCAGCAACCUUGAUGAUGGAACGGUGGAGAUAUCCCUCGAGGAUGGCAAGGUUGCAGUUCACGUCAACGUGACACGGGCAGCAAAAAUUGGACGGAUAGACAUAUCAUCUGGUUCUGGCCUCAACGAUGGACAAUGGCAUGCUGUUCGUCUGGUUGCAAAGGAGAACUAUGUCAUGCUGACGAUAGACGGCGAUGAGGCAUCCGCCGUCCGUUCCACCUCACCCCUCACCAUCACCACCGGAGGAACCUAUCACCUGGGAGGAUACUUCCUGCAGACCUUGUUCCCUCCCUCUCAGCGUUCGUUUCAAGGUUGUAUGCAAGCCAUCCUGUUGGAUGACCACCCGGCUGAUUUGUAUGCUGUGGAGAAAGGCAGUGUGGGGGCUUUUGAGAACGUCAGCCUGGACAUGUGUGCAAUCAUUGACAGGUGUAUGCCUAAUCAUUGUGAGCACGGGGGCCGGUGUAAACAGACAUGGGACAGUUUCAGCUGCACCUGUGAUGGGACAGGGUACACGGGAGCCACGUGUCACACUUCCAUCUAUGAGCCAUCGUGUGAGGCCUAUAAACACCUGGGCCGCUCCUCUGAUGCCUACUGGAUCGACCCCGACGGCAGCGGAGCCCUUGGGCCAUUCAAAGUCAACUGCAACAUGACAGAGGACAAGGUGUGGACCACUGUGAUGAACAAUCUGCCAGCUCAGACCACAGUGACUGGCUCCAGCAGAGAGAGACGCACUGUCCUACAGGUCAACUACAGUGCCUCUAUGGAACAGGUGACAGCCAUCACCACCAGUGCAGAACAGUGCGAGCAGCAUAUCUCCUACAACUGUCGCAUGUCAAGACUGCUCAACACGCCAGAGGGGACCCCUUACACAUGGUGGGUGGGCCGGGGAAAUGAGAAGCAUUUCUACUGGGGAGGAUCGGGACCUGGCGUUCAAAAAUGUGCCUGUGGCAUUGACAGAAACUGCACAGACCCAAAAUAUUCCUGCAACUGUGAUGCAGAUCACAAGCAAUGGAGGGAAGAUUCAGGACUCUUAAUGUACAAGGACCACUUGCCAGUCAGCCAGGUUGCCGUGGGCGACACCAACCGGCCAGGCUCCGAGGCAAAGCUGACUGUGGGCCCACUGCGUUGCCAGGGAGACAGCAACUUCUGGAAUGCUGCAUCAUUCACCACGCCGUCCUCCUAUCUGCACUUUGCCACCUUCCAGGGGGAGACCAGCGCUGACAUCUCUUUUUAUUUCAAGACCAGCGCCCCCUACGGAGUCUUUUUGGAAAACCUGGGCAACACUGACUUCAUUCGUUUGGAGCUGAAAUCUCCGACAGCUGUCUCCUUCUCCUUCGACGUUGGAAACGGACCCGUGGAGUUGACGGUACGUUCUGCCACACCCUUGAACGAUGACCAGUGGCAUCACCUGAUGGCAGAGCGAAACGUGAAGGAGGCGGUCCUCCAGUUGGAUCUCACCUACCGGGUGUCUCGGCCUGCCCCGCCCCAGGGCCACACCCGGCUAGAGCUGUUCAGCCAGCUCUAUGUGGGGAAACCAGCAUCGCUCACCUGCCAAGACAGUGCUGCCGGGGGCCAGAGAGGGUUCCUCGGUUGCAUCCGCGCCCUUAGGAUGAAUGGCGUUACCCUUGACCUCGAGGAAAGAGCAGAGAUCACACCGGGGGUCAAACCUGGCUGCCAGGGCCACUGCACCAGUUAUGGGAUGUACUGUAGGAAUGGUGGGAAGUGUGUGGAGAAGUACAAUGGCUACUCCUGUGACUGCUCUGCCACAGCGUACGACGGGCCAUUCUGCACCAGAGAUGUCGGGGGAUUCUUUGAGGCUGGAACACUGGUCAAGUACAAUUUCCUGCCUGAAGCAGCGGCACGAGCCCAUAAGGAUGAAAGGAUCCUUGCCCAUCCCCUGAGCCCGCAGGAAAUGAAUCUGACAAAAGAGGAAGUGGCCUUUAGUUUCAGCACAUCCAAUGCACCAGCUAUUCUGAUGUUUAUCAGCUCCAAGGUGCAGGACUAUCUGGCUGUGGUGUUACGGCACAAUGGUUCAUUACAGGUACGAUAUGAUCUGGGUGGUUUAAAGGAGCCAUUUGCAAUUGAUGUGGACCAGCGUAACUUAGCCAAUGGACAACCACACAGUAUAAAUAUGUCCCGAGUCAACAAGAGUAUCACUAUCCAGUUGGACCACUACCCUCCAGUCAGCUACACCCUCCCAGAGGGUUCAGACAUACAGUUCAACCUGGUCAAGACGCUGUUCUUGGGGAAAGUCUUUGAGACAGGGAACAUAGACCCGGUGCUCAUCGAGCAUUAUAACACACCAGGAUUCAUUGGGUGCCUAUCACGGGUACAGUUCAACGGCAUCGCGCCCCUCAAGUCUGCCCUCAGAACGCCAGCGUCAGCCCAGCCCGUGCCGACGGACGGACAGACGGACAGACAGCCGGUACCCAUCGGGCCUGUGUCCUACCAGGGCAAACUAAUAGAGUCCAACUGCGGGGCAUCACCACUAACCAUCCCACCAAUGUCUGCCGCCACAGAUCCCUGGCAUCUGGACAACACAGAUGCAGAAUUCCCCUUCAAUGAGGAGAGGGUGAUCCCCGAUGGAGUCAACAGGAACUCAGCCAUCAUCGGAGGCAUCAUUGCGGUCGUGAUCUUCACCAUCCUGUGCACCCUGGUGUUUCUGAUACGCUACAUGUUCCGCCACAAGGGCACCUACCACACCAAUGAGGCUAAAGGCAGCGGGGAGACCGGCGGGGAAUCGGCAGACACAGCCAUCAUCGGCACGGACAACCCGGAAACAAUCGAUGAAUCAAAGAAAGAGUGGUUCAUCUAA